GUGGGGGAACGGGGUCGAGGACAAGGACCAAGACAGCAACGGCAAAGAGUCUCCAAUGAGAUUAGAGCAAUGGUUGUAGAUCAUGUCAUCAAUCAUGGCAUGACAAUGAUUGAGGCAGCGAGAAUGAUACAACCAAACCUUAGAAGAUCAACCGUGGCCUCAAUCAUUAGAACUUUCCGCAAUGAGAACCGGUAAGUCUUCAGCAUGCACUACAGUAAACAUUACAGUACUGUAGGCUACUCUUACUGUAAUUGUCAAAUGAUUGUACACUGCAUGCCAAUGUGCAGCACAGAGUAGGUAAUGUGACUAUGAAAAUGUGUUCUACAGUAUGAUGACAUGUUCUUCCUGUCAUAUUCCCUACAGAAUUGAGACUAGACCCAAUAGUGGAGGCAGAGGCAGACUCCUCACUGAGGAACAGGAACGGGCUGUGGUCAACAUGGUCCGGGCCAGAAAUGACAUUCGGCUUAGAGAAAUCAGACAGAACAUCCUGGACGAUGAAGAUCUCUUCAGGAAUGUGGAAGCCAUAAGUUUGCCGACCAUUGCACGUGUUCUGAAAAGGCACCAGGUGUCCCUCAAACAGUUGUACCGUGUGCCUUUUGAAAGAAAUGCAGACAGAGUGAAGCAACUGAGGAUUGAGUAUGUUCAGAGGGUGAUGGCCCUGGAUGCGGAUGACAAUCAUCACAAAUUUGUUUUUGUGGAUGAGGCAGGCUUCAACCUGGCCAAGACAAGGAGGAGAGGGCGAAAUUUAAUUGGCCAGCGGGCAACCAUACAAGUACCUGCACGACGUGGGGCCAACAUCAGUAUGUGUGCGGCGAUAUCAGAAGAUGGUGUGGUAGGGCGUAGAUCUCUGAUUGGCGCAUACAAUGCAGAGCUCCUUGUUGCAUUUCUUGAUGAGCUAACUCUAGUCUGUAGAGCUGUUGGUGUAAUUUAUGUCAUUGUGUGGGACAACGUCAGGUUCCACCACGCUCAUCUGGUGCAGGCAUGGUUUCAGGCCCAUCCACAGUUCCUCACUGUGUACUUGCCCCCAUACUCUCCUUUCCUUAACCCCAUUGAGGAAUUUUUCUCCACAUGGAGGUGGAAAGUGUAUGAUCGGCAUCCGCAUCAACAAGUGACCCUUCUUCAGGCCAUGGACAAUGCCUGCGAUGACAUUACAGCAGACCAGUGUCAGGCCUGGAUUCGCCAUGCGCGAAGGUACUUUCCAAGAUGUUUGGCAAACGAAAACAUCUAUGCGGAUGUGGAUGAGAACCUGUGGCCCAAUCCACAAGACAGGGUUGAUGGGGAUGACGAGUGAUUGUUGAUCCUUUGUUUAGCUUUUUUUUCUUACUGUACAGUAGCCAGGUGAGGAACACGGCAGUUUGUUUUGCAGGACUUUUUUUUUGUUUUGUUACAGUAAUUGUUGCUUUCAUUCAACCUAUGUUGUCAUUUAGUUUGUAUUCAUCAAUAAAUUUCAGCUUUGUUCAAUGAU